CAACUAUUUGUUUUAUAAUAAUUUGGUUUAUGUGUAUGUGGUUAACUCUAACAAUUACAAUGGUGACAUGCUUGUGAACAAAGAGUUUGGGAUUCAGGUUUGGCCUAAACUCUCAUCCAUUGAAGCAAGGGUCUUGCCAGCCCCAGUGUUGAAAUAUCAUGAGACUGGACGUGAAUCUCGUGUUGAGCCAAGAGUAGGAGUAUGGAAUAUGAUUAACAAGAAAAUGAUUAAUGCUGGCAAAGUGGAAUUCUGGACAUGCAUUAACUUUUCGCGGAGUUCCAAUAUUCUUGAUGUAGACAGGUUCUGCAAUGAAUUAAUUGACAUGUGUAAUAGUAAAGGGAUGGAAUUUAAUCGAAGACCUUUGGUUCCUAUUCGAUCUGCUAAUUCUCGUGAGAUAGAGAAGGCUCUCUUUGAUUUGCACAAUGAUUCUUUAACUAGACUGGCAAGCUUGAAACUGACCGGGAAACAACUUCAGUUGCUAAUAGUCGUUUUACCUGAUGUCAGGGGGUCUUAUGGUCAGAUCAAGCGAGUUUGCGAAACAGAGUUGGGAAUUGUCUCGCAAUGUUGUCAGCCCAGUAAAGCAUCUAGUUACACUAAAAUAUAUCUUGAGAAUGUUCCUCUAAAAGUCAAUGUGAAGGUUGGUGGCCGAAAUACUAUUCUGGAGCAGGCUUUUGAAAAAAGAAUGCCUUCUCUAACUGAUAUCCCUACAAUCAUAUUUGGGGCAGAUGUAACUCAUCCUCAACUAGGGGAGGAUUCCAGCCCUUCCAUUGCUGCAGUAGUGGCUUCAGUCGACUGGCCAGGAGCAACAAAGUACAGAGGGUUGGUUUCUGCACAAUCUCCUCGGGAAGAGAUCAUACAAGAUCUCUACAAAACAACUGAAGGUCCUAAUGGAGGCAUUGUUCAUGGUGGCAUGAUUAGGGAACUGUUGAUUGCAUUCAAAGAUUCUGUUGGUAAUCUGCCUCAGAGAAUUAUCUUCUACCGUGAUGGAGUUGGUGAACAGCAGUUUUACCAAGUUCUUUUGCAUGAAAUGAAUGCAAUCCGGAGGGCUUGUUUUUCAAUUGAUGAACAUUACCUACCAACUGUUACCUUUGUUGUGGUUCAAAAAAGGCACCAUACACGUUUCUUCCCUGCCAAUCAUGGGGAUCGAAAUACAACAGACAAGAGUGGAAACAUUUUGCCAGGUACUGUCAUUGAUACCAAGAUAUGCCACCCCAGCGGGUUUGAUUUCUACCUCUGUAGCCAUGCUGGGACUCAGGGAACUAGCCGCCCCACACAUUACCAUGUGCUGUUUGAUGAGAACAAAUUCAGUGCUGAUGGUCUGCAGCUGUUAACCAACAGUUUGUGUUAUACGUAUGCUAGGUGUACUCGAUCGGUCUCUAUAGUUCCUCCUGUUUAUUAUGCCCAUUUGGCUGCAUUUCGUGCUCGAUACUAUGUCGAAGGUGGUGAGCUCUCUAACAGUGGAUCUGCUCCUGGAAGAGACAUGGCAACAAGGGAGAAGAAUUUGGAGGUUCGCUCACUUCCUGCAAUUAAGGAUAAUGUCAAGGACGUGAUGUUUUAUUGCUAGAGAGCACUUUAUUUUUUAUUUUUUUGGCUAAUAGUUUCUCAAGAAUAGGUUACUCGAAUACAUGCUAAAUCCCAAGUACAAGAAUGGAUGACUACGUCACAGAAACGUUGAUUUACUGUCAACUUACAAGCACAAGUAAAUA